UCCGGCCCUCAUUUUUGUUUUCCCUUCUCGCUAUUUUCUCGACUCCUGCCGUUGUGCUCCUCUUACCUCUUGCUGGCGACUGAACCACUAUAGAAACCUACUUCAACCUUCCUCAACACAUUCCAGUCUCCACCGCCCCCACAAAGUUUUGUUAUAAAGGGGGACUUCAGGUAAUUACUUUGCUCAAGUGAUAGCUUCGAGAAUGCAUUCCUUAUAGAUUGGGCUUUCGAUUAAAGGGAAAUAGGCUGCGGCAGUAAAUUUUACAAAUGAACUUGAUUUUUAGAUUAAGGCAUAAUAUACCAAAUGGGUUUUCUGCAAAACCCUCAUUUCGCCCACUGGUUCCAUUGAACUUCAUGAAACUGAAUGGGGCUUUGUCUCGUGGAUUUGCCCAACCUGCAAGGGUAGAUGGGGAAGAGGAAGAAGUAGAAAUUGAUCAGAGGAGGCUUCCAGCUGAUUAUGAUCCGGCGACUUUUGACCCCACAGAGCAUCGCAGUCCUCCAACUGAGCGUGUUUUUAAGCUUGUUGAUGAAAUUGCGGGUCUCACUCUGGUGGAAGUUGCUGAGCUAAGUUCCAUUAUAUUGAGAAAGAAGGGAAUGACAGAGUUGCCGGUUGUGGGGGUUAUGAAGGCUGGUGCAGCUGGAUUGGCUGGAAUGACAAUGAAGGCUCCAACUGCAGCAGCCAAGGAAGAGAAGAAGCCAGAGAAGACUGUUUUUGAAUUGAAGUUGGAGUCAUAUGAGGCAGCUUCAAAGAUUAAGAUAAUCAAGGAGGUUAGGAGUUUUACUGAUUUGGGUCUGAAGGAAGCCAAGGAUUUGGUAGAGAAGACACCAUCAAUACUGAAAGCAGGAGUAUCAAAGGAAGAAGGUGAGAAAAUAAUUGAGAAGAUGAAAGCUCUUGGGGCCAAAGUUGUGAUGGAAUGACACAAAGCCAUUUUGACCAAUACUUGGUAACUUCUGGGAAUGUUAUAAAUUCUGUUAUUUUUUUUUAACUUUGGGCACUUCAACUUCUCAAAUACUUAUCAAGUUUCAGUUCAAAAAUAGGAGUACGAGUGGAUUUGUUGUUCAGUACUCCGUCCCCUUCUUUUUCUCUAGGCCUAUGAAGUUGCAAUCCUUAAAAAGAAAGAAAAAGCCUGACAGACAUUUUCCUCAGUUACUAUAGGGAAAAUAUAUUCUGAAUGUAUGGUAUCUGUGGUUCUUUCA